AUGACUCGCGACGAAGUAGGACCGAGUUUCCACGAACAGGUGCGCCGCACAUUUAGUGUUGGAGGCAGCAAGCACAACCAAAAUGGAGGAACUUCCGAGACCAGCCCUCUCCUAGGCAACGGAGCCACCAAUGGUACCCAGGGUCACGGACACAGCGAGACCUGGCAGUUCUUCUUUGACACCCACCACACGCCGGGUCAGGAGAGCUCCAAUGUCGCCGUCAAGGUUCUGGCCAAUACCUGGCACAUUACCAAGGCUACGUUGCUGAGCAACUAUGUGAACGUUCUCCUGGUGUUUGUCCCUAUUGGUAUUGUUGCAGGAGUGGCCGAAUGGGACCCGGUUACCGUCUUUAUUAUCAACUUCUUGGCAAUCAUCCCGUUGGCUUCUGUACUGUCUUUUGCAACUGAGGAAAUCUCGGCCAAGCUGGGCGAGGCUCUGGGAGGUCUGCUCAAUGCGACUUUCGGAAAUGCGGUCGAGUUGAUUGUUAGCAUCAUUGCACUUCGCGAUGGCCAGUACGAAGUUGUCAAAUCCUCCAUGAUUGGUUCCAUCUUGUCCAACUGUUUGUUGGUCAUGGGCAUGUGCUUUGUUUUUGGUGGCAUUGCCAAUAUGCGAGACAGCGAAGGAAACGGCCAAGAGCAGACAUUUGCGUCCAUUACUGCUCAAACGACCUGCUCAUUGUUGACACUCGCUGCGGCGUCUAUGAUUAUCCCUGGCGCGUUGUCCAUUGUCCUCAAACAGACCUUGCCAGACGAGGAGCUCCGAAACUCGACGAUCCUCGGCCUGUCUCGCGGAACUGCCGUGCUCCUACUGCUUCUAUACAUCCUGUACCUCUGGUUCCAGCUGCGCACCCAUCACAACCUUUUCGGCGCCGAAGCCGCCACGGCCGAUGCCGACCAACUCCCCGGACCAGUUGCUGAACCCGCCCACGAAGAGGAGAACGAAGAAGCACACAUGAACCCGUGGGCCGCUGGAGGAGUCUUGAUUGUCACCACAAUCCUGGUUUCCGUUUGCGCCGAUUACCUCGUCGACAGUAUCGAUGCGCUUGUCGAUCGCGCAGGAUUGAGCAGAAACUUUAUUGGUCUGAUUCUGAUCCCAAUUGUCGGAAACGCCGCCGAGCACGUUACGGCUGUUGUUGUUGCUAUCAAAAAUAAGAUGGAUUUGGCCAUGGGUGUUGCCAUUGGUUCCAGCAUCCAGAUUUCGCUUUUCGUCACUCCAUUCCUGGUCAUUCUGGGCUGGAUGAUGGACCGACCGAUGAAUCUGCACUUCGAGACUUUCGAGACGGUAGCAUUUGCCCUGUCGGUGCUCGUUGUUACUUACACAGUCCAAGACGGCAAGUCAAACUACCUCGAAGGUGCCAUGUUGAUGGCUCUUUACAUUAUUAUUGCUGUGGCUUUCUUCGUGACACCAAGCGGAGCUCUCGACGAGAACUCCCUGGGCUUUUAA